CACUUCUAACGUUUGUGAUAUCUUGAUUCAAAGUGUUAUUAAAUAAUACAAUUUCUCUCAGUUUAAGUGAUGGCAGACGUUUUUAAUUCUUCUUGGGCACUAUUCUCUAAAAAUAUUUGGUCUUCGGAACCGGAGAUGAAUGACGAUUUUGUGAGUGACGACUUGACAGUAUUAAAAUUGUACAGGAAAGAAGCUUAUGCCAUAGCAGAAAAGUACGACAUUGAAAUAUGUGAUAUCAUGCAAGCGAUUGUUUGUAUGAAGCAAGCUAUAGCCCAGGGGCACAAAAACAAAUUUCGAAACUUUGCCGGGAUAGAUUUUAACAAACCAGUAAAUCGUUCUGCAUAUUUAAUACGAUAUGCAGCGUGUCACACCGGUUUAGUAAAACAAGCUAUGUGGAGAAUAUUUCAUCGGAAACCUUCGAUAUUUUUAGAUAUACUGCUGAGUAGAGUAUAUCUUAAUGUUGUUAGUCUAGGUGGUGGACCUGGAAGUGAUAUUAUCGGAUUCUGUAGCGCUUUGCAAGAGUUCAGCAACUGCAUCAACUUUCUUCAUUUGACGGUAGUAGAUAUUAAAGCUGGAUGGGUUGGUGUUUUACAAUCUAUCAUCGACAAAGUGAUAUGCUGUGAAUUUAAAAAUUUCAGUUUCAGCCAGAUGUUAAAAGAUGUCAGUGUUUGUACCCGAUAUGUGGUAGCCGAUCUCACCAAUGAAACGUUUUCAGAGAAUGAAGACUUAAUGGAUGCGUUAGGUGUUGCGGACGUUGUGUUAAUGGUAAAAUUGACGUCCUUUCUUCCUCCUGAAGAAAAACUUCAAUUAAUUCUGAACGUGAGUGAAGUCUUGCAUAAAGAGGCAAUGUUGAUUUUCAUUGAUUGUCCUUAUCCAAGUGAAUGUUUUGAACAAGCUAAAAGUAUCGUAAAUGUUUAUGAAGAACAAAUAAAAUAUGAUCUUGAUAAUUCUGCGUUAGGAGCACCGGUAGCUAUUGAAUCUUCCAAAGCAACUGUCGCGGUGUUCAAAAGGGUAUAAGAUCCAGAUCUGGCUUUCAUUUAAAUGUUAUUCAAUAAAAUCGGACCAAACUA